AUGCCUCGUAUUCUCAAGGUGGCGGCAGCUCAGGUCGGGCCUGUGCAUCUAACGUCAACGAAAGAAGAGACACUCAAACGUCUCCUCACAUUGUUCUACGCUGCAGCAGCACAAUGCGCCCAGAUCGUUGUCUUCCCCGAAUUGACACACACUACCUUUUUCCCACGACAUCUAUUUUCAGACGGAUUGGAGUUGGACAAGUUCUUCGAGGUUGACUUCUACCUCGGAUACGGGGAACUCACUCCUGAAGGAAAACAUUACAACUCGUCAUUUUACUACUCUGUUACCCUUGGGCAAAUCAUCUCUCGCUAUCGCAAAGUCCAUCUUCCUGGCACUUUCGAGCCCUUCACUACUCCCGAUGCGGUGAACCAGCUGGAGAAGCGCUAUUUCCUACCAGGCGACAUACCAUUCAAAGCCUUCCGAGUUCCGGGCCUGAUCGAUGCCGCCCUGAAAAGAGGAAAUACAAUCGGUGGGCCUACGGCAGGAAAGGGCGAUCCCAUUAUUGGUCAGCUCAUAUGCAACGAUCGGCGAUGGGCCGAACCUUGGCGAGUGUAUGGACUGCAGGGGAUGGAGCUGAUGCUUGUUGGGUACAAUACGACCUCUCAUUCACCGGGACUGUGGGGAAGUAGCAAGCCGAUGACGCUUGAGGAGGAAUACAAGGAGGUCAUGUUUCACCAUACGCUCGUGAUGCAGUACAACAGCUAUAGCAACUCGUGCUUUAGUGUCUGUGCGGCGAGGGCUGGGGCCGACGAUGGAAAGUGGGGUAUGAUCGGAGGAAGCUGUAUCGUCGAUCCUCAGGGUCAUAUUAUUGCUGAAGCCAAGACCGAUGAUGAUGAAGUCAUUGUUACCGAAAUUGACUUGAAAUAUUGUCGUCAGGGUGAAUGAUAGAUCUUUGAUUUCGACCGACAUCGUCGCACGGAGCAUUACGCUCU